UGGUAGGGCUGCCGCUCGCGCCGCGUGUGAGACUUGCGAGAGUCGUCCGACACGAAUGUCGGUCGAGGGCUGCUUUACGUGCCUUUUUUAGGCGCCCAACCAUUGCUCUUUUUGUAAAAGCUGGAGGCAGAGAGAUCACAGACCGUCGCUCUAGCGCCGCGCCAUCCAAGUCUUUCUUGCACAAGAAUUGGUGUGCGGCCAAACGACUCCCCAGAAAGCUUCUGGCAACCUCACGGUGGGAAAAGGGCGACGCUGGCUUGCCAAAAGGCUGCCCCAGAUGCUGCUGCCGCGUCGACGGCAUCCGGUCGUCCCGUGGUGCAGUGCGGUCCAAUGCGCGUGAGAGCAACCAACAUGACCUUUCAAACGGUUCGGAACGGCUGAACUAUACUAUAGGGGUGUCGACGAUGAGGCGUUUGCUCGCGGCGGCCCUCUGCGCGAUGGCGAAGGGGCAGAACAGCAGCUGCGGCCCGGUCCGCGUCACAUACGACCACGCCGGGUUCGGCAACGCGUUUGAUGUGCUCUUCGCAGCGUUUCACUGGGCACGGCGCUGCAACAGCAGAGUCGAGAUCGUCGGGGAUGAGUCGGAUCGCCUACGCCGCAUCUGCGAGCGGCUCACCUGCGCGGGCCCCAGCCUCGUGGCCAAUCACACCUGUCACCCCGGCUGUCCGCCGCCGCUGAUGACGUGGAAGCAGACGCCGUCCUCGGCCUACGUCCAAACAUUAGGUAGGUACGCCAACCCGUCCGUCGACCCCUCAGUAUUCGUUCCGGCGCGGGGCGGCGCGUGGUUUGCGCCACUGAGAUGCCUGGGUCCGAACUCCGCCGCGAGACAGGCCGCCGGGGCGGCGCAUCCCUUUCCGAAUGCGGCUCAUAUCCGAUCGAUCCGCUAUGAUUUCGAGCGGCCGCCGGAGACGGUUGCUGCGGAUAUGGUGAAUAGGACGCACGACUCGCCGACGGCCGGUCUUGCGGAAAACAGCGCCGCCGGGUGGGCGCGGCUCGCGAAACAGGCCCACGGGCGCGGCCAGCGGGGCGGCGACGUUUACAUCGCCUCGGAUAACGCUCCUGCGAGGGAUGCGCUGGCGCAUCACCUCUCGGCGAGAAACGUGACGGCUUGCUACGUGCCGCGCACGCCCGGGCACUCGUCUUACCACACCGCUGGCGCCGACGACGACCAUGCUAUGACUGACUGGUGGGCACUGGCCAACGCGGACGCGAUAAUCGCGGCCGAAAUAAAGUGCAUGGGGAAGACGGCGGAGUCGUGCACGCCGCUCGGCCAGCUCUCCGUUGGAGGUUCUCGUCGGAGCCCUUCAGCUUCGCGGCGGGGGAGGCGGUUCUCGUCGUUCUCUAGGACGGCCCACCGGCUCCGGCAACGGAAGCAGGGGAGGCUAGUGUGGGUCAGUGUAUAAGUACAAC